AAACUUGUUGACAUCGAUAGCAGAUCCGUUGAGGCAAAGCAAUCGAUACGAGCUGACGUGCGUAAGAGCCAUCUCUAGCUCAGAGUGACCAGUCCACGUUGUAUUUUACCUAGAAAACAAAAUAAAAUUUAUAAACGUUAAUACCAAUUAGAUUAGAAUAUACUCGCUAAGGUGUCAAACUGACUCCGCCACUCGGUUAAGCACAGCCAAGCAAAUACGCCUUUUGUUCAGUGAGAUGUGUAAAAGAUUCGAUGGUUUCCUAGAUCGUUUUCGGGUUAAUCCCUGAAGAAAAACCCGUUUAUCGACAUUGAUCAGCGGGGGGCGGUGGCGUGAGGUGGUGAAAGGGGAGUGGUUGGGGCAGGAGAACGAGGUGGGGAGAGAGGAGAAGCGAUAACAAGAACGACGCCGAAAAAAGGUAGUUAACGAGUUGACAAGCCAAAAGCAACAAUAACAAGCUGGAAAGAAGGAGAGCUGGAAAUUGUUGGAACGAGUGAGAGGGUGCGAGAUAGAGAGUGUGAGUGAGAGAGAGCGAGAAGGGGCGAGCACCUGGAACAGGUUACCCCUUCCAGCGUUCCACCGAAGAACGAAGAAUCUGCAUAAAGUUGGGAUUCUUUGGGCAGACGUGAGGGAAUCCAGCGCAAAGAAAAUCCCGAGAUCGGAUUUUUUUCCACUUUCGGAUUUCUUGGAGGAACAGAAAUCGGAACCUCCAAGUGAAGCAACGCAUCAAGUUCGGAUUCUUUGGGACGAGAGAACACGCAAUUCCAAGCUGAAGACCAGAAUCUAGCCGAAAUGCAGCCUGCCUGCCUAUUAUGUCUCCUGGUGGUGAUCCUCCUGCAUCCGCGCCUCUCCAAAUCCUCGGCGAGUGGUAACCCCAGUGCCAGCUCCAGUUCCAGUUCUCCGGCCGAAAUCCCCGCCUUCCGGCAAUGCGAAACCAUUCGCAUUGAGAUGUGCCGCAAGAUCGGCUACAAUGAGACCUCCAUGCCGAACCUGGUGGGUCACGAAAUGCAAACGGAUGUGGAGUACACCCUGCAGACAUUUGCACCACUGAUUGAGUACGACUGCAGUUCCCAGUUGAAGCUGUUCCUGUGCGCCGCCUACGUGCCCAUGUGCACGCCCAAAGCACCCGUACAUGCCAUUGGUCCCUGCCGGAGUCUCUGUGAGUCUGUGCGGAUUCGUUGUCAUCCGGUUUUGCAGGGAUUCGGAUUCCCAUGGCCACCGGCCCUCGAUUGCAAUAGGUUUCCGCGCGAGAACAACCACGAGACCAUGUGCAUGGAGGGUCCUGGUGAAAUGCAUCAGCCGCAGCAGGAUCAGGAUCCAUAUGGGCUACCAGGGCAGGGAAUACCCGGCGGUUUGGGCGGUAAACUGCCUAUGGAUUGCUCAGGACUGGCCAAGUCGCAUCUAUAUGUGAGGCUACCAAGAUCUGGACGCUGUGCACCACUUUGCGAGGCGGACAUACUAUUCACGCCGGCGGAAAAGCAUCUCGCGGAGAUUUGGGUCUCCACUUGGGCCUAUGCCGCUUUGGGCCUGGCCCUGGUGGCCACCGUGUGCCUUUUGGCCAGCGAUUCCAGUCGUUUGGCCAGCGCCAAAUGGUCCAGAUUGUUGUCACCGCUGAUUUGGUGCCACAACAUGGUCACCUUGGGUUGGGCAGUGCGCUUUAUGGUGGGCAGAACGGGCACUGCGUGCGGAACGGAUCCCCAGGCGCCCAAUGAAUCACUACUCACCGUGGACGGACUGUCCAAUGCAUCCUGUGCCAGCGUAUUUCUUAUGCGCUACUAUUUUGGAAUGGCCGCCUGCGCUUGGUGGGCUGUGCUCUGUUUGGGCUGGCACCGCGACAUUCGUCGGCACAGUCCGGAUUCCAAGGGGCAUGUGGCCGUUCCCUCGAACUUUGCUGGCAGUCCGGCGAAGAGGAGCAGUGCCAAGACGGCUCAGCAAGAUCUAACCCAAAACAACUUUGUGUGCUUCGUGGCUUGGGGAUUGCCUGCCUUCCAAACGGCAGCAGUGAUCGUGGCCCGUUUCGUGGAUGCAGACGAGUUGCUAGGCGCCUGUUUUGUGGGCAACCAGUCGGAUAAGGCGCUACAGAUAUUGGUGGCCACGCCUGUCUUUUGCUACUGGAUCUUUGGCUCCAUGAAUCUGAUCUCUGGCUAUCUGGUGCACUGUCGCACCAAGGAGAUCCUGAGGAAUAGCAAUGCCCUCAGCUUGCAACAGCAAUUGCAACAGCUAAGCGCUCACAGUAGUUCCGGCAUAGGCAUCUUCCUAUUCAUCUAUGGUCUCGCAUGUGCCCUGCUUCUUUUGGCUGUCAUUUACGAGUUCGCCAACAUCGAUGUCUGGCUGGGAUCGGGCGAUACCAAUACCCCACUGUGGCCCUUUUUGCUGCGCGCCUUCAUGGAACUGAUGUUGGGCAUUUGCUGCUUUGCCUGGGUCCUGGGACCAAGCAUUUCCACGCUCUACAAGAGACAAGUCAGCAAUGGCAAGAUGGUGAAGCAUACGUCUGCAGGAGCAGGAGCAGGAGCUGGACAGCUGGACGGGCACAGUAGCUCGCGUGGAUCCCAUGCGGCUUGCAAUAGCACGGUGGUCUCCUAUCAUUCGGUGCGGCCCUCCAUGGCCAGUGCUCCAUUGCCACCGAGUCCGUACAAAUUGAAGACUUCACCUGGAGCCGGUUCCAUAUCGCUCAAUCAGAUGUCCAACUAUUCGCUGGGCAGAAGCGUGCAUCACCAGCAGCGCCAUUCGCCGCAUCAUCAACACCAUCAGCAGCAGCACCACCACCACCCCCACCACAGUCACCAUCAGCACACCACAUCCUCGCACCGCCUGUAUUAUCCGCCAGGUAGCUACGCCUCGCAAAAGUACAGCCAGCAUGGCGGCUACUAUCCCCACUUGCAGCACUACGGCGAUGAGACGCUGCUCUAGUGCUCUGGGUGCAGAGAUUCGGUCUAAUUUCAGGGCAAGAAUGCCCUGCUUCCAGUCAAUGUUCCUGCGGCAGCUGCUGUGCCAAAGUCAGUCCUGUACUAUAACUUAAUCCGGUGGAGUUUGCUUAGGUUUAGGGUAUUUGUAACGCCAAGCAACUCGAAUAGGAAACGAUCAUACGAGUAUCAUGUCGUAAUUCCGAUUCAAGUUGCUUUGCUACCCCAUAGAACACGAUGGAAACCUAUCUAUGUACUGUGUAUAUAACCCAGGAAAUGUGCUCUUAUUUAGUUGAGGCCUUUAUCACGAGGUCAUAGGUCAUCUAGCCAACCCCCACGAUGUAUUGCAAUUGCCCUUGAUGGGCCUCAUAUCCUAUUUUCGUGUGUACUUAAUGUUGCUCCUAAUUAGUUGCCCCUUGCGUUGCCUUUUGCCGUUUUGGUGUAACCGAAUUCAAUAAUCGCUCUUGCCUUUUACACAUUAAGACUUAAUGUCGCCUUUGCGUACAUAUACAUAUACCUAUAUAUAGCCUUUUUAUAUAACUUUUUUUUUGAGUUAGAGAGAGAAACGCGCAGCAACCAAAUACUGUGAUACGCAUGUUCAUGUCUUCAAAAAAAAAAAGAAAAUGACCCAAAAACCAGGGUCCUAGCUUUGCUGUCUUCUCCCGAUGCCGAAACAAGUGUACUUAACAAUCAAAAACGCAAUUGCAAUCCUAGACGUAAUGCCUAAUUGUAUUCAGUGUGCCAUUAGCUUUAGGGACUUGGCUGAACAAGUCACACCACACAAAAUCGCCUUAAAAGCGCCCAUUUCCACAUCGAACUUUGGCGAAACUACUGAGGGCUUCCUUGCACUCCCACAGGUUUUUCCCCAACGAACAGGGCCUGUUUCUAAAUGUCCAACUAACGAACUAACUUAACCUGUAUACAACUAGGGGCUAUACGAAUCGUAUGGAUACCCAGAUAACAGUAUAUGAGUAUUGUAUUUUGUAUGUGUAUUUUUUUAAUAUUAUAUAUAACUUAUUUGCUAGCGAAUAAAGUGUCGAAAAGUUAA